AUGACCAAAGUUGGUAAAACAAUUCUUACAAACAGAAUUGAUGAUAUAUUAAUAUCAGAAGGACAUGAACUUCUUAGGCAAAUAAAUGCUAAAGAGAAAAGAGAUAGGUUAUGUUGGUCUUGGAUUAUGUAUUGUUCUAGAUAUGGAAAUAGUUGUCAAUUAAUUGAAGUACAUAGAAUUUAUACUCCUUUAAAUAUAAUAAUUAAUUCAACUCCAAAAGUUGAAAGGUUAAAUUUAUAA